AUGAUAAAUUCACAAACAAUGAAACAUUUUCCAACGGGUUCAAUAUUAUUAUUAGGUCCAUUAUUUGUAAUAACUACUGAUUUUGUAUUUACAAGAUUUUCACAAACUGGUGGAGCUAAAAAAUUAGCAAAAACAACGGGAAAUUCAUCACCUUCCGCUAAGUUUACUUCAUCUUAUAAUCCUCAUGCUUAUAGAUCUAGUUGGGUUCAACAAUGGGAAGAUCUGAAGAAUUAA